AUGCCCACGCAUGGCGAAUUUUGCUGCAAACGACGAAACAUUCUGAAAUUCCGGGCGCUUGAGAAGCACACGGAUGAUAUGAAAGGGCUAAUUUUACUUCUAGUUCCCAUCUUUGCAAGUUUUGCGGCUGCCGAUAAUGACGUUUACAUUGGAUUCGACAACAUCACCUAUUUGGGCCGUUAUCGAAGACAUGCAACAACCAUCGCCGAGCGGAUGAUCGGUCUCGUCUUGUACGACUACGACUACAUCAGCGCCAACGAUUACCUGAAUCGAUGCGUAGUGCACGAUAUCUUUGCGCCAAAAAAAGGAGACGUCUACUGCUCGCUGCAGGGCAACGCCCAGGAGCCCUACUGGGAGCCCCGGAUUAUGGUCAUGAUCCACCCCACAUUGAUUGUUGGAAAGAACAACGAUCACGGAACGCACGGCACCUAUUGCGUUAAAUUCCCGAAAGAGGGCUCAACCAACGGGCCAAUCUUCCGCCCAGCCGUGCGCAUGGAAAUCUUCAGCGACAACGAGCCGUACUGCAAAAUCUACUACAUGAGUCGCACCAGUCGUGAUAUGGAGUGGACCGGCUGCUAUCCGUGCACCUCAUCGGAGUUCCUGUGGCCCGACUACGACCACAGCUACCCGCCCGGUUUUCCAUGGGUCACCGAA